CCGUGCCCGCGAGCGUCAUGGCGGUGCCCGGGGCGGCGGCGCUGCUGGUGCUGCUCGGGGCGGCGGCGGCCGCGGGGCUGCGGGUACCAGUCGUGUCCCCCCACGCGCCUCGACCUCCUCAACGUCCACCUGGUGCCCCACACCCACGAUGACGUGGGGUGGCUCAAGACGGUGGAGCAGUACUUCUACGGAGUGCGUAACGAGGUGCAGCACGCGGGGGUGCAGUACAUCCUGGACUCGGUGGUGGCCCAGCUGGUGGCCAACCCCUCCCGCCGCUUCGUCUAUGCCGAGGUGGCCUUCCUGGCCCGCUGGUGGCGGCAGCAGGACGAGGCCACGCGCCGCACCGUGCGCCAGCUCGUCGAGCAAGGGCGGCUGGAGAUGGUGGGGGGGGGCUGGUGCAUGAGCGACGAGGCGGCCGCCCACUACGCGCCGGCCCUCGAGCAGCUGGCCCUGGGCCGCCGCUUCCUGCGCCGGGAGCUGGGGGGCUGCGGCACCCCCCGGGUGGCCUGGCAGAUCGACCCCUUCGGCCACUCCCGGCAGCUGGCCGCCAUCUUCGCCCAGAUGGGCUACGACGGGCUCUUCGUGGGGCGCGUGGACCACCAGGACAAGGAGACGCGGGAGCGGCUGCGGGAGAUGGAGCUGCUGUGGAGGGCGAGCGGGAACCUGCCCCCCCCCGCCGCCGACAUCUUCACCGGCAUCCUCCCCAACGUCUACAACCCCCCCUCGGGGUUCUGCUGGGACCAGCUCUGCUCCGACCCCCCCGUGGUGGACGAGGACAGCGAGGAGAACAACGUGGACGACAUCGUCACCACCUUCCUGCAGAUCGCCACCAGCCAGGCUGAGCGCUACCGCACCAACCACAUCAUCAUGACGAUGGGCUCCGACUUCCAGUACGAGAACGCCAACCUGUGGUUCAAGAACAUGGACAAGCUCAUCGCCCACGUCAACGCCAGGCAAGCCAACGGCAGCCGCGUCCACGUCCUCUACUCCACACCCUCCUGCUACCUCUGGGAGCUGCACCGGGCCAACCUCUCCUGGUCCCUGAAGACGGACGACUUCUUCCCCUACGCGGAUGGUCCCCAUCAGUUCUGGACGGGAUAUUUCACCAGCCGACCCGCCUUCAAGCGCUACGAGCGCCUCAGCAACAACUUUCUCCAGAUCUGCAGCCAGCUGGAGGCUUUGGCCGGGCCGGCGUCGCGGGAAGGUCCCUACGGGCUCGGGGACAGCUCUGUGCUCCGCGAAGCCGUGGCUGUGGCCCAGCACCACGAUGCCGUGAGCGGCACCGAGAAGCAGCACGUGGCCGAUGACUACGCCAGGCAGCUGGCGGCGGGGUGGGAGAGCUGCCAGCUCCUGGUGGCCAACGCCCUGGCCAGCCUCAGCGGCCACAAGGAGAACUUCAUCUUCUGCAACGCCCUCAACGUCAGCGUCUGUCCCCUGACGGAGGCGGCCGGUCGCUUCACCGUCAUCCUCUACAACCCCCUGGGCCGUCCCGUGUCCUGGCCCAUCCGGUUGCCGGUCAACGGAGGGUCCUACGCGGUGACAGACCCCCAGGGCCAGCCCGUACCCAGCGAGGUCGUCCCCGUCUCCAACUUCACCCGCCGGCUGCGUGGGGACGGCGGCGCCACGCGGGAGCUCCUCUUCCAGGCAUCCGCACCCCCCCUGGGCUUCAGCACCUUCACCGUCUCCCGGCUGAGCCACGGGGACCCCCCCGUGUCCCCCCACCGGACCACGGUGUCACCGCAGCCCCGGGAGAUCCAUAACGAGCACGUCCGGGUGCUCUUCGACCCCGUCACCGGGCACCUGAAGGAGAUCCAGAACCUGGACAAGAGCAUCUCGCUGCCCGUCUUCCAGAGCUUCUACUGGUACAACGCCAGCGCCGGCAACGAUGAGAGCGACCAGGCCUCGGGCGCCUACAUCUUCCGCCCCAACAGCUCCGAGCCCAUCCCCGUCUCCGGCUCCAAGCGGGUCUCCACGUACCUGGUGAAGAACGCGCUGGUGCAGGAGGUCCACCAGAACUUCUCCUCGUGGUGCUCCCAGGUGGUGCGGCUCCACGCGGGGCAGCCCUACGUGGAGCUGGAGUGGACGGUGGGGCCCAUCCCCGUGGCGGACGGUUGGGGCAAGGAGAUCAUCAGCCGCUUCGAGACGACGCUGCAGACGGACGCUCGCUUCUACACCGACUCCAACGGGCGGCAGAUCCUGGAGCGCAGGCGCGACUACCGUCCCACGUGGAACCUGAGCCAGACGGAGCCCGUGGCGGGGAAUUACUACCCCGUUAACAGUCGCAUCUUCAUCAAGGACAAGAAGUUCCAGCUGACGGUGCUGACGGAUCGCUCGCAGGGCGGCAGCAGCAUCUUCGACGGCUCCCUGGAGCUCAUGGUCCAUCGACGGCUCCUGUACGACGACAACCGGGGCGUGGGGGAGCCGCUGCUGGAGCUGGGAGCCGACAAGCAGGGGCUGGUGGUCCGCGGCCGCCACCUCGUCCUCCUGGACACGGUGGAGUCGGCGGCCGACCGGCACCGGCUGCUGGCGCAGGAGCUUUUCAUGGCGCCCUACGCGGUGCUGGCGCCUGGCGGGGGCCCGUCCUACCGCCGGGGCCAGCCCAGCCUGCGGCAGUUCUCGGGGCUGCGGCGGGAGCUGCCCCCCAACGUCCACCUCCUGACGCUGACGCCGUGGGAGGCCGGGACCCUCCUGCUGCGGCUGGAGCACCAGUUUGAGAGGGGGGAGAGCGCCAACGGCUCCCAGCCCGUCACCAUCGACCUACUGAACCUCUUCUCGGCUUUCGCCAUCACCUCGCUGCGGGAGAUGAGCCUGGGAGCCGACCUGCCGCUCGAUGCCGUCUCCCGCCUGGUCUGGACCCCAGCCACAGGUCCAUCCCAGCCCCGGCCGGUUCCCAAACUGGACCCGAGCCGGGUCACGCUGCAGCCCAUGGAGAUCAGGACCUUCCUGGCCACGGUGCAGUACAAGGAGCCCGGAGCCGGCCGGGGGGGUCUCUGAGCAGCCCCAGCUGGACUCGCGGAGCCGGGGAGGGGGUGUCUCUGCCCCCCUCCUUUCCCCCAUAAGUGCAUUAUUAAAAACCACGAGACUUUUUCUCAGGCACGGU